GCUUCAAACCACCAAUCACCACCCGCGCUUCUUAAACCGUUAAACCCCCACACUAGCCCGCCAUCCGAUCUCUCAUCCGGACGCACCAUCACCAAACCCCAUCAGUCAUCGGUCCCAGCUCCCAAACUGCCACAUGCAUAACCCUUCCUUUCUGCAGCAACCUUCUCGGGCCAAAAAUUCCCUAACCCGUAUCUCCGCGACCUCGUUACACGCGAUCCCUUACACGUGCGCAUCAGCAACGGCGCGCUCAUUGGCUGCGUCCACCUCCUGUAUCUGCACCGCCUUGGCGCAUCCUGAUAAGCGGGAUGGACCUGUUUGGACGGCACGUUUCUGCAGCAUGGAGAUCCUGGGGAGCCAAUCGAUGUGCCUCGGGGGACAAGUGCCGUCCCGUAUCUAUGGGUCCGUGGUUAGACGACGCUGUUACGUGCUGCGCUGCGCAAAGCUCCCCGUUGCUGGGCGCGAUAGCUCGGCAUAUAGAUACGUGAGAUGGCGUCGUCGACCGCGUUCUUGGGUCCCCUUGAGGUAUUUUACUCUGGCUUGCUUUUGCCGUGGUGCGCUUUAUGGUGUCGUUGGCUUGACGCGCUCUUCUUCUUUCUGCUAUCUUUCAACUCUCAGUUGCGACGUCGUGGGCUGGCUAGCUGAACUGAACUGCGCACGUUGUCCUGGCGCCUGCAAUUGCAAUCGAAGAGCAAGGGCUUCUGGACUGGUUCGUUGAGAUGGAGAAGCUUAACGCGGAGGAAAAGCAGAGCAAUGGAGCGCUUGCGGACGACAACGUGGGCGUGGGAGAGGUGCUGAAUGCGAGCGGGCAUAAGCAGGAGCUGGAGCGGCAGUUUAGUCUGCUGUCGAUUUGCUCGAUUGGGAUUACGACGGGGAAUGUUUGGGCGGCGUUGGGGGGCUCGAUUGUAAGUCC